AUGCCCAGGGAAAUAAUAACGAUCCAAGCCGGCCAGUGCGGUAACAAUGUCGGCGCACAGUUCUGGCAGCAGCUCUGCAUGGAGCAUGGGAUAAGCCAGGAUGGAAACCUGGAGGAUUUUGCGACCGAAGGCGGCGAUCGCAAGGACGUCUUCUUCUACCAGACUAACAGAGUUCUCAUCCAGAGUGAUGAUACUCGUUACAUUCCCCGAGCGAUUCUGCUGGACUUAGAACCCAGGGUCCUCAAUGCCAUCCAAUCAGGCCCCUACCGAAACAUCUACAAUCCGGAGAACUUCUUCAUCGGACAACAGGGUAUUGGUGCCGGGAACAACUGGGGUGCGGGCUAUUCGGCGGGAGAGGUCGUGCAAGAGGAGAUCUUCGACAUGAUCGAUCGAGAAGCGGAUGGCAGUGACUCCUUGGAGGGGUUUAUGUUCCUGCACUCGAUAGCAGGAGGAACGGGCUCUGGUCUGGGUAGUUAUAUUCUGGAACGCAUGAACGACCGGUUUCCGAAGAAACUGAUUCAGACCUACUCCGUCUUCCCUGAUACCCAGUCCGCGGACGUCGUGGUCAACCCAUACAACAGUCUGCUUACGAUGAGAAGGUUGACCCAGAAUGCUGACUCUGUUGUGGUCUUGGAUAACGGUGCCCUCUCGCGGAUUGUGGCGGACAGACUUCAUGUGCAGGAGCCUUCAUUCCAGCAAACAAACCAACUUGUGUCCACUGUUAUGUCUGCUUCUACAACCACCCUCCGGUACCCCGGUUACAUGCACAACGAUCUCGUCGGAAUCAUCGCAUCCCUUAUCCCCACGCCGCGCAGCCACUUCCUGAUCACAUCCUAUACCCCGUUUACCGGUGACAACAUUGAGCAGGCCAAGACGGUGCGAAAGACCACUGUGCUGGAUGUUAUGCGUCGUCUCCUGCAGCCCAAAAACCGCAUGGUCUCCAUCAACCCCACGAAAUCCAGCUGCUACAUCAGCAUCCUCAACAUCAUCCAGGGCGAGGCGGACCCGACGGACGUCCACAAGUCUCUUCUCCGCAUCCGCGAGCGACGCCUCGCGUCCUUCAUCCCGUGGGGCCCGGCCAGCAUCCAAGUGGCACUGACGAAGAAGUCACCCUACAUGCAGAACACCCACCGCGUGAGCGGCCUAAUGCUGGCCAACCACACCUCCGUCGCGACGCUCUUCAAGCGAAUCGUCCAGCAGUACGACCGUCUGCGGAAGCGCAACGCCUUCCUGGAGCAAUACAAGAAGGAGAGUCCCUUCUCCGACGGACUGGGCGAGUUCGACGAGGCCAGAGCCGUGGUGAUGGAUCUGGUUGGGGAGUACGAGGCAGCCGAGAAGGAAGACUACCUGGACCCAGACGCCGGGAAGGAUGUCCAGAUGACCAUGUGA